AUGCUCAAGAAGUUUGGCUCUGAGGAAUUGAAAGAAGUUCGUUCACACACUGACUUAGCCAGAACCGCUAAUGGUGUUCGUAUGCUCACCAAGAACAUUGCUAAGGCUACAAUCCAGCUUCAUGUGAAGGCUAUCAUGAUUGUGACGAAAGCCAGAGACAAUUCUUUGAUCUAUUUGACGCGAGAGGUUGUUGAAUGGCUCUUCACCAGAAAUGAAGAUAUCACGGUAUAUGUGGACGCUAAUCUCAAACAUCUGACGAGGUUCAGCUCGUCCUCCAUUCUCAAGACAUACCCGAAAGCCCAGCACUUGUUGAAAUACUGGAACAAGGAUCUCGUCAAGAGAAAGCCAGAAGGCUUUGAUUUGGUUAUUACGCUAGGUGGUGACGGUACGGUCUUGUAUGUCCUGAAUUUGUUUCAGAGAAUUGUCCCCCCAGUCAUGUCGUUUGCUCUAGGUUCCCUCGGGUUCUUGACAAACUUCAAGUUUGACCAGUUCAAGCAAAGAAUGACCACUGUGCUCGACACAGGUGUCAGAGCAUACAUGAGAAUGAGGUUCACCUGUCGAAUCCACCGUUAUGACGGAACAUUAAUAUGCGAGCAGCAAGUAUUGAACGAGCUCGUUGUCGACAGAGGCCCAUCUCCAUAUGUUACCAACCUAGAGCUCUAUGGAGACGGCUCGCUUCUUACCGUUGCACAAGCCGAUGGCUUGAUCAUUGCCACUCCAACAGGCUCUACUGCGUACUCACUUUCAGCUGGCGGCUCUCUUGUCCACCCCGGCGUCAGUGCUAUUCUGGUCACUCCAAUCUGUCCACACACACUUUCCUUUAGACCAAUCUUACUCCCAGACGGCAUGUUUCUCAAGUUAAAGGUUCCAGCCGAAAGCAGAGCAUCCGCAUGGGCAUCUUUCGACGGUAAGGUUCGCACGGAGCUCAACAAGGGAGAUUAUGUCACGGUUCAGGCAAGCGCUUUCCCAUUUCCCACGGUCAGACUGUCGAAGACGGAAUAUUUCGACUCAGUGAGCCGAAAUCUUAAUUGGAAUGUUCGUGAGAAACAGAGGCCGUUCUCUCACUUCCUCACGGGUAAAAACAAGUCCGAGUUCGAGCAACAUCAGCGUAAUAGCGUUCAGACCAGCGACGGCCAUCGCCUUUCAGAAUUGGCCAUCAAUGAUAGCGAUGAGUUUGAUAUUGAUUGGUCUGACGAUAGUAAGGAUGAACUGUCCGAAGAUCAACUGCUGCAGCUAGAGCUUGACUUCAAGAAGGAUUCGAGAAAGAAUGACGCAGAAGGAACGCAAACGGAUGAGGAAAUGCUAGAUUAUAAUUUGGUCGAGCCAUUUGUUCCACUGCCAGGCAACGAAAUACGGACUCCCACGGGUCACAAUUACAAUGACGACAGAGAGUGCUACACUCAUCCCAACGCUACCAUUCUGUUAUACGGUGAUUCGUCUGGCGGGUCUGAUGAAACUGAACAUUCGUGA